CCCGCGCGGGGCGGGGCUAGGGCUGUCCCUAGUCCCCGGCGCCUCCUCCGUCUGGGUCUCCGCCUCCGGGACCUGCGGCGGCGGUGAGGUCCGGAGUGCAGCUUCCCCGCGGGCGGGCGGCGCGAUGGGUUGCGGGAACUCCACGGCCACCAGCGGGGGCGCGGGCCGAGGUCCAACAGGAGCAGUUAAAGAUGCGACAGAAGACUCCAUAACAGAGGACGACAAGAGGAGAAACUACGGCGGCGUGUACGUUGGCCUGCCCUCCGAAGCGGCCAGCAUGGUAUCUAGUCAAGCCAAGACAGUACGGAAAAAUUAGAGGAAGAAAACAGGAUGACUGGAUAUUCAAGAGCUUGCUCAUGAAUUUGGAAGGAAUUUGGCUCCAGGGACAUUGUAUCUUCAAACAAACUCCGAAAGGCUGUCCCCUGCUGUGCCAGCUCCCCAAAUCCUAAGCGUGCAGUUAAAGCCUUGGGUACAUACUGGAUGUUGUCAAGACUUCAUGCACACUGCGGGGACUUCGUGUCAUCCACCAUUGAGAGCCGGAAAGGCUGUGGCUACCCGGCCUGGGCCACCAGGCAGCAUAGCGUUUCCCAUCCUGGCCAUUCAACACAGUUCACAGAAAUCAUAUCUUUUCACUGAUACUCUUUUGAUAGUUUUUAUAUAACACAACCCCCUUAUUGUAUUUAUAACAUGAUCUUAGGGCCGCAUAAAGGGAUUAUCUGAAGUGAUAUAUUGCCUCGUCCUUGGAUGUUUCGACUUUGUUGUUUUUUAGCUGUGAAAUUGGUAAAUAGAGUCUCAGAACCAUCUCCCUGUCUUACUAGUUGGUUUAAAAUUUUUAUUUAAAUGUAAGAGAAUUCCCUCUGUUGAGAGCAUUGCAGUAUUUGGAAAUGAACUGGUUAAGUUUGCACGCUAUCCACAAGUGUGAAUUAAAUUCCCGCUUUCUUUAUUCUGAAGCUUGUAUGUGAUCUCCAUCUGCCCAGUUGUCCAUUCUCCCCGUGUGUAAUCAGAGCGUCUCACCAUGUUGAUUCCCUACUGUCUCGUAGGUCUUAGGGUUGAUGUUUAGUGGGAUUUCUGUAAAGUUCCUGAUUUGCUGACAACAUGUAUACCUACUUAUGACUGCUGUAAGUGACUCAGUUUACCAGUGUACUUCAACAAUUAAAUAUUUUUAUCCCCCUUUA